AUGAUGGGCUCGGCCGCGCUCGGGCUGCUGUGCCUGGUGGCGCCGGCGUCUGCGCUGACCGUUUCGCCAGAGCGCCAGAUCAGCUCUGACGUGGAACAGGGUUCGGAGAAGCUUGGCGAGGGCAGCGCGGAGCGAUGGAGCAAUCAAUCAUCCUACCGCGUCAUGUCGUUCAACGGUUCGGACUGGUCUGUGAGAGGCCAUCCUGCGCGCACUGGUAAGCCGAGGACGCCCUGGGUCGUCUCGACGCCGCAGUGUCCAGCGCCCAAGGGGGCAGAAUCGUGGAGCCAGAAUGGAGAGGACCAGCACUUGUACCACAAUUAUUUUUGUGGCAAGCGCAACGGGACCUUCGUCGAAAUGGGCGCCCUGGAUGUGGGGUCUACUUGA